GCUCCCCGCGUUCUCCAAACUGGGCUGGAGCGGCGGCAGCCGUUGCCUUGCUUACAAGGAGAGACAGCGCCUGUCAUGCUUGUGAGCAGCGGCAGCCGCCGACAGCUCCCUGCCUCCUCCUCCUCCUCCUUCUGUUGCUGUGCUGCAUUGGGAAUAACCGCUCUGCCAUUGACUGGAGGUGGACUCGAGCCCUCGCGAGGGGAAUAGUACCUGGCCGAGCGCUGAGCCUCGGGGGCUUCUCGGCCGCCUGUCUGAGGGGGGACAACAACAGCAGCAGCAGCGGCGGCAGCGAGAAGUGCCCGCGGGAGGAGAGGGGGCUUCCCGGCCGCCGCAGCCCGCAGGAAUGAGCUGAGCCCACUUUCGCCCGCCUCUCUGCCCGAGUGGGCUGGAUGGCUCGCGGGCUGAGCGCAAGCUGCUGGCAAACUUGCAGGGCCCGCCGAAUGCCUUCGGGGAGCGCCGCUGCUCCCGCCGGCUUCCGGGACGCCGCCGCCGCCGCCCGCGCCGCUCUUGGCGGAGGCAUCUUGGCACAAGGGGAGUGAAGGCUGCAAAGGCGGCUGUUGUCCGCGCAGGGGGUGCUGCUCACGCGGUCCUAAUGCCUGUUACUUCUCGGGACGCGCUGGUGGCAGCGGCGGCUGCAGGCGGGAGCCCCCCGAGUGCUGCUGCUCCGGCUUGCUUGGCUUCUUCCGGCAUCUGAUUGGAUACGGCCGGGCUCUGCGUGGGACAGCGGAGCUGUGGCGAGGGGCCUCCGAGAGAGAGAGAGGGAGAGGAAAAAACAUGGGUUAUUGCAGCGGCAGGUGCACGCUGAUCUUCAUCUGUGGCAUGCAACUGGUAUGUGUGCUGGAGAGACAGAUAUUUGAUUUCCUUGGUUAUCAGUGGGCACCAAUCCUGGCAAAUUUUGUACACAUUAUUAUAGUCAUACUUGGCUUAUUUGGAACCAUCCAGUAUAGACCUCGCUACAUAACAGGAUACGCUGUCUGGUUAGUCAUCUGGGUUACAUGGAAUGUAUUUGUUAUCUGCUUCUACUUGGAGGCUGGAGACCUAUCAAAGGAAACAGAUCUUAUACUGACCUUCAAUAUCUCAAUGCACCGUUCUUGGUGGAUGGAGAAUGGGCCAGGCUGCACAGUGACAUCUGUGACCCCAGCCCCAGACUGGGCACCGGAGGACCAUCGCUACAUCACUGUCUCAGGUUGUGUUCUUGAAUACCAAUAUAUAGAAGUGGCUCACAGUUCCCUACAGAUCUUUCUUGCACUGGCAGGAUUCAUCUACGCCUGUUAUGUUGUGAAAUGUAUCACCGAAGAAGAGGACAGCUUUGACUUCAUAGGUGGAUUUGACUCUUACGGCUAUCAAGGCCCACAGAAGACAUCUCAUUUACAGCUACAGCCCAUGUAUAUGUCAAAGUAGACAAAACAAAGUCUUCGGUUGGGGUCGAAGGACUAGUCAAAGAACUUAUUCCAGCACGGCCUCCUGUGGGUGCAAAAGAAGGAAGAAGUCUUAACUUUUCUGUUUCAAAAUAUAAUACUAGAAGAAUGCUGGGACAUGGAGGCCUCACAAGUACAGACUGCAAUGCACAAGAUCCUUUCUCUCCCAUCUUGGAUUUUCCAAAUUCUUAUACAGAAAGUUCAGAAGGAGAAGCGGUGGCACCAUCUUCUGGUCACUGCCUACCUUCUCUUCCCUUUGCUCCUGCCUCUGAAUUAUGAAACUUAUCUCAUCCAUUUUGGUUCUGCCUGGAGCCGUAUCCUCUUCAUCAAUAAACACUAACAAUACCAUGAUGACCUUGAAACAGAAGUCAAUAGACAGCAAGUUGUUUGCCCUAAAGGCUGUAUAAUACAUACUUGCCUUAACCUAUCCUAAGUUUCACAUCAGAGAAAUUUGGUGUGGACUUUCUGAAGUAACUUCCUUUAGGCUCAACCAUGCUGUUCAUUAAUUGUUAAAGAUUUCUAAGGCUGUGUCAGGUAACAGACUCUGCUCCCCAGUAGUUCCAGAGUUGGCUGCGUAAGAAAACCACCCGCUGGCAGACAGAAGAGGUGCUUUAAGUCUCCAGAAGGGCUGGGAUGCAAAUACACUUUAAAAUACUUCUAACAGAACAGGGCUCUUUGGGGAGCUGGAAAAUGCUAGGGAGGAAAGGAACAUUUACUAAAGUAAUAACUGUAAAGAAACAACAAAAACAGUGCUCCUUAACCCCACUGUUUUUAUUUACUGCACUCUAGGUGCUUUUAUAAAUGACUCUAAAUAUGUCUUUUACUAAUGACAGAGACGUCUGCAUUAUUUCUAUCAGCAGAGGCCAACUGAAUAUGUAUUAACUAUGUUUACUCUUUUAUAACUUAAUUCCAGUUGAAAAUCCUAUGUAGGUGAGCUUUUUUAAAAAAAGAAAAACCUGCAGCAUAUAAGAUAUUUCUUUCUGGGUUUUGUUUUGUUUUUUUAGUUGGGGUGGGAGUAGUUGCAUUGGUAACAUUUUUGAAGACCUUUUUGUGAUAUUUGGGGGAUCUGUUGUGUGUUAGAGUGUGUAUCUUAACUUUCUGUAUUAUCGUGGCUGGGGGAAAAAAGCUGUGCUGUUAUGUAGUUGGCAACAAGAUGCCUUUGGAAACUUUGCUAGUAGGUCAAUGUCUUUAUGAAAUACUCUUGGAGUCCUAGAAACGUCUGUUUGUUCUGAAUUUGAGCUGUAUAUUCAGCCACUUCAUUGGCUUUUCAAUGGGAAGAGAUAUUUUGCUCAGGAUUUUUUGGAACCGGAAUUGCCCUCAUUUCUUUAUUUAAAACUUACGUGGGUAUUCCAGCCGUAGGCACUUGAUGGGGAGAGGUUCUUCUACAUAUUAGCAAAUUGCCCAUCAAGUCGUCUUCAGGCAACUUUUUUCUACACUUGCCAAAUAUUUGCAUUCUGUGUGGCCUAUAAAAACCAUCAUUCCCCAUGACAACGUUCAAAGCCUGUUCCAAUAGAAACACCAGUCCAACUCACUCCCCUGCCUCCACCUCAUAUUUUUGUAUCUUUCAAUGGAUGUAACAUGUCACAGACAAAAAUAAAUCUGGAUGCGUACAGGACAGACAUGCACUAUAAACAUAAUCAGAUUCCAGCAACUAAAGUGGGAUGGGUGUAACCAAACUGUACUAUGAGGAAAUCUGCAUAGUAUAGUGGGUAAUACAUGUAAAUUUCAAAACCGUAAUCCUACAAGAUCAAGCAUCCUACUCUUAAGCAGUUGCAUAAUUCUGUUUACACUGCACUGGUACAGAUUUUCAAGGUGCUCUAUAAUUUUUGAUGGCUUGUUCGCCAUUUUAGGCUAGGACCAGAAGUCACUGUAAACCUAACAUUCACUCACUAUUGGUGGAAUUAGUCUGGAAUAUGAUGCAUGAAGUAUUGAAUCCUUAACCUUACUUUUCACAUAGGUGUGUUAAGGAGCAUGGACCAUAUUACAUAGUGAAGCAGCAGGACUGACCAAGCAGCAACUCACUGACAUUCUAUCUCCACUUAUGGGGAUAGACACUGCAUAUCAGCAAACUUAAAUAUGUAUUCUGGCUCUGGAGUAGAGUUUUGAUCUCCUGAAUGCGUCCAUAGCUCAGACUCCUGGUCUAUUAAAGGAGGAUGACCAUACUUAGCUACACAAUUUUUGGAGAAUCCGUUGCUUUAUAUAGGUUGCUAAACACCAUAAAGGCCUAAUUACUUUAAAAAUAAUUGUGUUUAUUUUUACUGUUUGUAUAAUCAUAUAUAUAUGGGAGUGUACCAUCACCAAGCUUCCUCAAAUUCCUUAUCAGGAAAUGUUUGUGGAGUUUGUGGUUCAGUUCAGUGUUAGCAAAUAUGAACAAGCUAGCCAGCCAGCCAGUGCUAUUUCAUCGGCAUAUAGGAUGAAGGUACUUCUUUACAUUUGCUUCCCAUGCCUGCACCGGUAUCUACUAGGAAACAGCCAUUUUGCUGCAAAUAAAUGGUAUAUAGAGCUCUUUCCUAGAAUGUAUCCCGCUACCCCCACUGCCAAAUAUUGCUGUAUGUUUUUAAAAAGAACUGCAUCCACUGUGGAACAAAGCUGAAUGAGAAGAGGGAAUUACCGUAUGUUCCCUUAUUUCCCAUGGGUUGUAUCACCCCUAGUGCAAAAGCCUCCAUGAAAGAUAUAGAGUUUCUCAAACUCAUGUGCAGGUUUACAAUGAUCCAGCCUUGCUCUUAUAGCAGCACUAACACCGAGUGCCAGCUGCUUUUCAGACUGUAGCGCAAUAGCAGUUCUCAGUAUAACUAGUGAGUGUCCAGAAAGGAGAAGUGCUUGUAGGAGAGGGGAUGUCGGGUAAGGGAACCACUUUCUCUGCUUUAGUGUGGGCACUGUCCCAACGAGAGGUGGCUUUCACUAUAAAAGGGACUCCCAACUGAGUUCUCCUCCUAUAGGAAUAUAUUUGGCUAGAACUUCUUCCCCUGAAUUUGUCUAGGUGAGUUGUAGGCUUCUUCCCUCUAGCAAUGCCCCUGGGGAAAUGGAGUUGAAAAAAAUGACAGUAAGGCAUUUUGUUUUGGUUUUCUUGCAAGAGAUCAGAGAAAGGAGGAAGCUACUCACAUUUAAAAUGGGUUGGCAUGUGGAGAGCAGAGACACCUGGGGUUGCUACUGCCUGGAGAUAAGAAGAGAAAGUCGCUGAGGACCAUGGUCAUCGAGAAGCGAGAUGGUUCUGCUAUGACUGUAAGAACAGAAAGAAGGUUAGAGUGUCUCUUCUCCUACCGCAAGAGUAAGCAAAACAGAGAAUUUUGAGGCACUGCAAUGAAAAUUCUACACUUUCUAUGCCGCCAUACAAACACAAACACACACACACACACACACACACUAAUAGGCCUUCAUACUUGCUUACAUUGUAGCUAAAUCACUACAACCAAAAUGAUUUCAAGACUGUUGACUACUACAGUGGAUAAAUUAAUCGACACAUCUGCUAUGGAAAGAGUUUUAGAGCACAGUUGUGUGAGAAUAUCUGAAAUACUGUUGAAUUGUACAGCUGUAUCCUCCUCAAAAAUCCAGUGAAGAAUGUUAUUUUUCUAGACUGGGCUUUUUGUUGUUGUAAUAAAUCCAAAUAUUUAGAAGGCAAGUGUUAACAAUCCAAAUGUCCUUUUUUUCUUAUAGUCAUUUGUUAAUUCUGA